AUCCUUUAUCACCUCAGCCUGGGGCCCUUUGCACCUUGCUCCCCUCCAUCAGGACACUUUCCUCCCUCUCCAGGAUCAUUACAGCCCCUUCAAGGCUCUGCAAAAGAACUGCUUUGUCUUCUAGAUGCCUUCUUGAGCCUGCUUGUGGCCACCCACAGACACUUGUAAGGAGGAGAGAAAUCAGCCUGGUAGAGACACUCUGAAAUGAGGGAUUAAAGGCCAAGAUCCAAGGAGUGAGAGCUGCAGCCAGAAGGCAAGGGAGCAGGUACUGAAGACACUUCUGCUGAGAGGUCUGCCAUGGCCUCUGUUGGUUUCCAGCUUGUAGGCUACAUCCUGGGCCUCCUGGGGUUGCUGGGCACUCUGGUAGCCAUGCUGCUCCCCAGCUGGCGAACCAGCUCCUACGUUGGCACCAGCAUCGUGACGGCAGUCGGCUUCUCCAAGGGCCUCUGGAUGGAGUGUGCCACACACAGCACAGGCAUCACCCAGUGUGACAUCUAUAGCACGCUUCUAGGCUUGCCUGCUGACAUCCAGGCUGCCCAGGCCAUGAUGGUAACAUCCAGUGCAGUCUCUUCAUUGGCCUGCAUCGUCUCUGUGGUGGGCAUGAGAUGCACAGUCUUCUGCCAGGACUCCAGAGUCAAAGACAGAUUGGCGGUGGUGGGCGGAGUCUUCUUCAUCCUUGGAGGCCUCCUGGGCUUCAUCCCUGUUGCCUGGAAUCUUCACGGGAUCCUGCGGGACUUCUACUCCCCACUGGUACCUGACAGCAUGAAAUUUGAGAUCGGAGAGGCUCUUUACCUGGGCAUUAUUUCCUCCCUGUUCUCCUUGGUAGCUGGAAUCAUCCUCUGCUUUUCCUGCCCACUCCAGGGAAAUCGCUCCAACUACCAUGAUGCCUAUCAGGCCCAGCCCCUUGCAACUCGGGGCUCUCCAAGACCUGGUCAACCACCCAAGGUCAAGAGUGAGUUUAACUCCUACAGCCUGACAGGGUAUGUGUGAAGAACCAGGGGCCAGAGCUGGGGAUAGGGGUGGCUGGGUCUGUGAAAAACAGUGGACAGCACCCCCCCCCCCCAAGGGCCAUAAGUAAGGGACAUUGCCACUGGACCAUGUCAGAAAGUGCUGCUGAGGAUAGACUGACUUUGGUCACUGGAUCAGGCAAAGGCAGAAAUGGGAACUGGUGUGACAGCAUGCAGGUUGAAUUGUCAAGAUGCUUGCCAAGCCAGCCUUUCUGUUUUCUUCACCUUGCCCACCACCCACUCCCCACCUGGAGUCCUCAACCCUCAACUCCAAACUCCACCUUCUACCCUAGGCCAUGCCACAGAAGCUCCCCUCUGCCCUUUGAUUUACCUGGGAAUCCAUCCCCAAACCUACUAAUUAUAUCCCACUGGCUAAUCCUCUCUGUGAUCAGAGACCCUCCCUCUGGCUGAGGUUGGCUGUUGGCUCUUAGCUCAUUGCUGGGGGAUGUGGGGGAGGAAGAGUGGUGGCUUUUAUGGGCAUGGCUCUCACCAACUUUCCAAGCUUCUCUCCAAAGAAACUGACUGGCCAGUAAUGGGGUCUGGAGCCUCCAUCCCACUGUUGUUACGACUCCGCAGUGUUCAGACUGGUUUGUGCAUUAACUGAAAUAAAACCAUCCCAUUGUACCAAGGGAACAAAGAAUGACUGGGUGCAGGAUGAGAGGGAGGGAAGGCAGCCAAGGACCAAAAAAAUCACUGCCCAGGACAUUUCCUGGAAUUCUGUCCUGUGGUGGGUUGGGGAUCUGGCUCCCCCACUAGAGGAAAGCACAAAGAAAAAAGAUAUGGUGGAAAGCUCAAGGCAGCAUCAGACUCUGACUCCACUUGAGGAACUGCCCCAGAAGCUGCAGCCCCAACUUUCACUGAUGCCCCUGCCUCCCUCUGACCUGGCCUCCUGCUAAGAAACAAGACUAUGGGUGCUUCACAGUGAUCUCCUUAGGAAGGGGAAACUAGUUUUUCUGGAGAUGGCUCUUGGCUGGGGGAUGACAGCAUGGGUGUCAUGAGGGACUGAAGAGACCACUCCUUGAUGCUGCCCAAGAAAGAAUAAGAACUUUGGUCUCAGAAGCUGGGUGGGCACGUGUGGUGGCUCCAGUGGGUGUUUCUAUCAGGCCAGAGAGAGGCACCUUCCCUAAUGGACAAUCAGCCUGAAGUCUGCAAUCAGUGCCCCGGGGUCUCCUCACAGAACAGUACAGAGCCUCUGAGUGACCACAGCAUCAGGUGCCUGCCCCCCCCCCCCCCGCCACCCUUCAGGCUGGCCCCACCAUCCUUCACCAGACAUCUCAGAGUUGCUAGAAGGUGUCUGAGGGCUUCUGCGUGGAACAAUAAUGCUCAAUGAGCUGUAGCCCUGAUCUAAGCCAUAGCUGAGCUGCCCCUUGGGAUUUCAGUUGAGGUGGGACAGUAGAGGAUGGUUCCCAGGCACACAGUUUCAGCUCGGAGGUGUGAGAAUGUUCCAUUUCCCCUGGGGAGGGAGUGGGGGACAGGAGUCACAGCUAGACCAAAGGCAUUUUCCCUCACCAGCCAAAGCAUGCUCACCCAGCUUUUGACAAACUCCAGUCCACCUCCCCAAACCUCAGUGCCAGCAGAAGGGGCUCACUCGUCUCUAACAUGCCUUUCACCUUUCUACCUUCUUGCUUGUGAUUAAGCACUUCUCCAAAGCUGGAAGGCCCUCUCUACUUAGCCACAUCUUCCUCAUUUCUGGAGAACUUGCUCAGCACCACCUCCUACACUGAGUCUCUUCUGACCACUCCAUCCUUCUCCUACCCUCUUUCCCCCAACCCUCAACAUGUAAAUAUUGCUUCUUUGAUGCUUAUUAUUCAUAUUUUUUGGAUUGACAGUUAUCUUUUCAUAUGUGUGUAUCUGAUUUCACAAUUACAUUGUAAACUCUUGGAGGGUAGGGGCCAUAUCUGAGACCUCUUUGUAUCCUUCAGACUAUCUGUAAAAGUGCUGGGCACAUAGUAGGUGAUCAAUAAACACUGGUUGAUUGAGUA